AUUUAUCCAUAAAUUUAUAUGUCUGAUCCAUCCAAUAGUCGUUGGAACAAUUUGAAAGAAUUUCAGAAGAAAUUAAAAGUGAACAAGUAUGAAGAACAAAAGGGGAUUAACGAAGAAUAUCAGAAUAAUCCUGACAAAGUUCUAAAAAUACAUACAAAUAUUGACGAAGAUUAUGAGAUACAUCCCUCUGAGAAUAGUUCAGUGAUUGAAGUGAACAAAGUAGAGGACUCCAGAGAAGCGAAGACAUCGAAUGAAAAGGAAGUCAAUACUGAGUCUGAUGUUGAGAGCAAUGGCACAGUUAUUGUUUAUGAUGAACCUGAAGGAUAUUCAAACCCUAUUGCAGAACUUGGCUAUGACCCUCACACCCAUGCUAGCGAUAGUAACGAGUAUAUGGAAGAAGUAAUUGAGGUGAAUGAGUCUGAUACUGUUAGCGAGCCUGAACUUUCAAUGAAGGAAAAAUAGACAAUUGAGAAGAAGCAAAGAACGACAGAAAAUUACUUUAGGAGGGGAAAUUAAAUAUACUGAAGAGGAUUAUAAAUAGAAUGAAUUUAAUCAAAUAUACAUACCAUGAUAGCCCAGGGAGUAGAGAAGGAGAAAUAAAUUUGGGCAGUGAAGUAUCAGAAGAAAAUUUUAUUCAAAAUGAUUCACAAGAGAUGUACUCCUCCGAAUCUCCCUCAAAGGAAACUUACUCAAAUUCAAAUAUUAUAAAUGUUGAUUCAGUUCACUUGUAUGAAAAGGAGCCUCAGGUUGCCAAAGAAAUAGAAAUCGAAAAAGGGAGAAACUAUAAAGAUGCUUUGCAGACGCUUUAUGAAAAGACUAGUACUUCUCUCACCAGGAAUAACAUUGACUCAGUGAAUAAAAAUAGUAAAACCAAGACUGACAGCAGCAUUUUUACCUUACAAGGAAAGCUAGAGAAAGAAUCAAUAGAGGACUUUAAAGGCAAUAAUGACCAAAACUGGAUUGAAAUUGUGAACAAAUUAAAGGCUGAGAACAUGAAACUCAGACAAGAGAAUAUUAAACUCCAAGUUUCUAUCUCAGAGCUCGAUCAGCAGCAUAGAGAGGAAAUAGACAAAGUUAAAAGCCAAAGUUUGAAAGCUAUAAAGGAACUUGAUAAUAUUAUUGCAAUGAAAGACCAAGAGUUUCAGAAAAUAGUAGAUGAGCUCAAUAGCCAGAUUAGACUCGCCAGAAGUUCUAAUAUCAGUUCUUCUACCGGAUCUAGGGUUAGUGCCUCAAGUCGUGAACAAAAGGUGAAAUAAGGCAAUUCCUUUACAUAGCAUAAAAUCAAGAAAAAUAGAUAAAAAUCCUCAGAAGAAAGCCGAAAUCUAUGUCAAGAAUAAAAUAGAGAAUUAUGAUCAAAAAAAUAGAAAUACUUUUGGAAGCGGGAAGAAUGCAAAUAUGAAAAAUCGGAUGAAUUCAUUGCAGAAAGUAUCUUCCAAUUAUCAUCGGAAUAAAAGCAGACAAGUGAAUCAGUCGAUGAGAUACACAAAUUCCCUACCUGAAAUUGGAUCAAAUUCUGGGCCUUCUAUUUCUUCUCAUUUAAGAAAGAGUAUUGAUAGACUUGGUUCCGGGAAUAUUGAACAACAGAGAAAUCCUACUGUGGGAAGCCAAUUUUCUCAUCCUCAAAUAAUUGAGUAUUAUGGGGAUACCACUCCUCAAGCAGAAGAUUCUGAGCCUGUCUCUGAUCAAGACCCCAAGCUUGUUAGCCAAGAGACUGAGUUUAUUAGUGCAAACUUUUAUAAGAAAGAGAAUCCUAUAAUAAUCACUGAAAGUGGGAUUGAAGAAUUUCAUUAUGAAGAAAUGGAGGAUGACUAUGACGAAAAACAUGAUGAAAGUCAAGAUCUCAACAAUAGAGUUGAGACCUAUCAUUUAGAAGACUUAAGCUCCCAGAUUAUUGAAGAGAAGGCAGAAGAAGAUGAAACCACUACUAAUCAGGUGAUUACAAAUAAAGAGUACGAACACUUCUCUUCAAAUGCAGAUAUUGACUCAGAUGAUGAUACCAAGAUACUUGAUGAAGCAAGUGUGUCUAGAAGGAGUAUCAACUCAAGCCUUAUAAAUAUCAAGAAGGUUAAGGUCUUUGGAAGGAAGAGUGUACUUUAGUAUAAAUUGAAUUAUCUUCCUUAAUUUUCCUAUUCAACUUA